UUGAUAUCUUCCUCCGUUACCUUUCAACUUAACGAGCUUCACAGCUCUCAUGGCCGACCGACCAAAAUGGCAGCAGCCAUUUCGCUUACGGUUCCCACAUUGGAAUCCACCGUCGAAAGCUCCACCUCCGACUCAACCGCCGGGAACAUCAGCUUCGCCGCCUUCACGAGUGAUUCUAAGACAACAACGACAGCAACAACCAUCUCCCUCUACAAGGAGUCUUUCUCGUUCGUCAAGCUCGCCGUCUCCACCGGUAUCGAGAACAGAAGCUCCAGCACCUCCACCGGCUAUAUCUCCAUCCUCAUCUCACGGUGUUCCCCAGCCACAACAAUGGCCUGAGGAAGCUUCCUCUACAUCCCUAUCUCCAGCUCAAGGUGUUCUCCAGCCACACCAAGCACCGUCAACUCAGGAAGCAGCUUCCAUGUCUCCAUCUCCUUCUCGAGAUACUCCCCGGCCACCACAACCAUCAUCAACUCAGCAAGCCAUCCAUACCCUGAACUCUGAAUCUGUAAUAGAACCCCUCGAUCCUAUCAGCAGAGCAAACCCAAACGAAACAGAUUUAUCUGAACAGAAACCAGAAAUGGACACCGAACCAGAAGAAACUACGAAUCCCUCUAACCUUCCACAAUCCACAGAACUGACUCAAUCCCAACAAAAGCUGGUGGAAGGAAAUCCUACGGAGGACGAUGAAGAUAAUACAAAUAUAGAAAUCGAAAUCACAGAGGAGAUGACUCCCAUCGGCCAAGAAACAGAGUCGCCGUAUGCCUCGACUGAAGAACCAAAGAACAAAACGGAACCUGAUCCAGGGCCGACGGAGACGAGAGACUCGAGGACGCAGGAAGAUACGAAUGGCUUAGGAGGGAAAGGAAACACGGAUGCCCCGCCAGCUUCACCAACCACUGAAGCAGAUAAUUUGCAGACCCAGAAGGUGAACAGUGGGCACUCACAGCAUGCAGGAAGAAGAAACAUAGAGUUAGCUGGUAAGAAUCAAGGUGCAUCAAUGUGCGUCGGACCUGAGACAAUAAGCACGCCAGGCCUGCAGAAGGUAAACAAGAUCGACAUGCACACGAGUUCAGACAUCGAUCGUAAGAGUCAAACUCUCGGAGAGAGAUCACAUCAGACAGGUGACGAGGUUCCAUCCAUCACAAGUGUUAAUAGCAACGUGCAGUGCAUAAACAACUCUAUACUCCAUGAGAGCUCCUGUAGCCAAAAAGAUCCAGGAGUUUACUUCUUCUUCUAUAGCAAACCAGCAUUCAAUACUCGAGGAGUUUCUCUUAUCACAACUCCAGCUCAAAGUCUCACCUAUCAGCCACAUAUCGAGAAGAAACAAACCAGAUCCGUGGAAGAGAAAUCUCAAAUGUCACAUUGCUCAGCUUGACUUUGGUGCGCAGAAGAUCCACCAUUGACAUGCUUUAGAAUGUAUGAUGAAAUUGUGUUGGAAAAUGGUCGUUCAUGCACUCGACUGUGAUUGUAAGGAAGAGCUUAAUGAUUCAUGUUCAAUAAUUAUGACAGUGUACACACGAGGCUCUUUAAGAAAUAUACAACAUAAUGUAUACUAUGUUUGGAGAUAACAAAGAGGUAUCUCUGAACUUUCACCGAUUCAUUCACAUGAUGGCUUCAUGCAAAGCUGGUCAAGCAGACAGCGAUUGCAUCAAUCUCCGGCACUGCUACAAUGACUCUGUCAUUGGAAUCACAAGAGUCAUGCAUACAGCCUGACUAAUUUAAUGAAGCUGUCAGCGGCGCAGCUGCUCGUCUUUGGUUUGAUUCUUUUAGGGUUUUCCUUCUUCUUCUUCUUCCUCCUUGCUAAUCCCCAUGCCUGAAGGUACCUUAGAAGGCUGCAACUAUUAGAAGAAUGCAAGAACAGAGAGUGCAGUUUUCGUACAUCUGCCUUGCCCAUUCCAUUCAUGAGAAACAAUGUACUCGCAGAAGAGAUGAAUCUGAAAAGAAAGAACAGAAUGCACGCAGAUGAUGUAUGUUACAAGUAACUCUUACAUCAAACAUCUGGGAAGCAAUAGAUCCUCUCAGGCAAUGUAUAUACGAGGAGAUAGUGAUAUCCACUGUUUCUUAUGAUCAGAAGUUCCGAAAAUUGGUACAUCAUAUAAUAUACAAACUCAAAUCGCUGUAUAGCUAUCACCAAUCGAAA